GACGGGCGCCGGGUGGACUGGAAACAGAGCAAGUCGAGCGGCUUGUGACCGAAGCAAGGAGGCUAGCAGAUGCUGGUCAAGAAGGCUACUAACAGGAUGAGGAUAGUCCACCACGUGGGCCCACGGGGAUUAGGAGUCAGAGAGAGGUAAACAGAUUAAUCCAGAAAAAGAGGCAGUGUUUUUAACCUCAUCACUCCCCUUACACCCUGCAGAGCAUCUUCCACCCACUCGCACGUUUCAGACCAAGUGGGUGCCCAAGAAUCGGCACCAUCUGUCAGGAAUACCACUACAGUAGUGGCCACAAACAGCCCUGUCCAUGGAUGCCUCGACACAUAGUCGAUGGAAAUUAACUCCUUCACGCUCAGACGUGAGUUAAGUCAAUACGGACUGUCUUUUCUUUCCAAAUGAGCGACUUUACAUCCAAAAGGACAUAAUCUACAGCAACAUGCCAUUGAAAACAGGAUUAUUCCUCAUUCUGUUCUUGUUUACCCUCCAAGCCACUAGAAUCAAAGAACCCACUGCUGAUGACUUGAUUCUCAGGAUCAGAAAUGUGAAGUACAGGCACUUCCUGGAGACUCCACAGCCAAUGAAACAGUUGACAGAUGGCAGAGAUUCACUUUCUCUAGAUGCGCAUCGAGCAAAGAGAUCAGCGCUGUUUAAUACGGGGGUGAAAGUGUGUCCUCAGGAGAGCAUAGCGGAGGUCAUCACCAGCCAUAAAGCCUACUACAAACUAAGAGUUUGUCAAGAAGCUGUGUGGGAGGCCUUCCGGAUCUUUCUUGACAGAGUUCCUGACACCAUGGAGUACCAGCAGUGGGUGUACGCCUGUCAGAGAGACUCGCUUUGCAUGGAGGAUCUGGCCCAAAAUUUUAGUAGCACACAGGAGCAUCUUGACAUGGUAGCCAGUAGAGUGAACGCUCAAGAAGAAGAGAAGAGGGCUCUCGCACCUGCACCAGAUGAGAAAUGUUCAAAGAGUCCUGCAGAGCUUUUCAUCAUGGAAUCUGACAGCGAAACUGGGGCACCAGAUGUUGUCCCUCAGAGGCUGGUAGAGCACAUUGUGGAGUUCAGUGUGACUAUAGUAGACUCUGCACUUCUGAGGGAUCCAGGCAGCCGGCAAUAUGAAGACUUCACUCGCAAUCUUCAUGAGAAGAUGCUGCAUGUGUUCGACAAACUUCCAGGGUUUAAAGAGAUUCGGGUGCUGGGAUUUCGCCCUGAAGGUGCUGCAGCAAGUUAUGCUGUAGUGUUUGAGACUGAUGGGAGACGGGCCAUAGGUGAUGCAGACUCCACUGAUGAAUAUGGCAUAGAGGGAGUCCUAAAGGGCAUGGUGGUAAAGGCGCUAAGUGAGGACACAUCACUUCCUGUGGACGUGCUUUCCCUUACUUUUGAACCAGCAGCAGGCAAGCGAGAAAACACUAGAUCCAGUACUGAAAUCAGCAAAGAAUCAAGAUUUUUACCAGGGGAAAUGAGCACACAGUCCACAGAAGUGGACUUGGAGGGCAUUGCAGUACCUUCUGGGAGUAUGAAGAUCUCUUUUGAAGAUCUGGGCCCGGACAGGACAGAAAUAAGUGAUAUACAGAAUUUUCCUGAUAUAUCAUUUCACAAUCUAAUUAACAGCUCCCAUCCCACCAAAGUCACUUCAAUGACCGAAGGUUUGCCAAGAACCACUACAGUGGAUUACCUAUCAAAGUGGUCAAAAGUCAAAGAGGAUGCGGGAAAUGAGAUUGUUGCCACAGCUGCACCACUGGACUUGGAGUCUUUUGAAGUAGCAAAAGCCUCUUCUUCAACUGAACCUGAAUUGGAUUUUGAUAUAACACCAGAGGCUACUUCUGCAGAGGCAACAUCAUUAAUCUUGACAACCCUAACCCCUACAGAACAAGCUCAAGAUGCUAUAUUUCAUGAAGAUGACACAACUGGCCCAUUUGAACCUUUAGAGACCUCUACCGAAGGUCUUCCUUCAUACCCUAAAGGUCCAGUUGAGUCGCCCACUUCAAUUGACCUUAGUAACCAUUUAGGGUCUCCAUCUGUCGAUGCCACCGUAGACACACUCCAUCAAAAGGUGCCUCCAAUUGGACUUACCACUCCAGAACCAAUUCCCUCUGAGCUAACGCCCACAGAAGACCUCAUUUCACACCUGACCCUGGACAAUUUCCUGGAUGAAGAGGAACAGACUCUCUGGACAGAGUUAGCUCCCCCACAUGAAGGUACUACAGAUACUGACAGAAAUGUUGAACAGGCCGAUGAGGAGGACAACACUCUGGACUCUGGGAGUGGAUUUCCUGCAGAGAUCGACGGGAAUCCACAAUCCUCAGCUGGUCCGUUAGGUUACGUUACCACUCCUUCAGUGAUGGCUUCGAACCAGGCCAAAGAGUUAGUGGUGUUUUUUAGUUUACGUGUGACUAAUAUGAUGUUUUCGGAGGAUCUUUUCAACAAGAGUUCCCCCGAGUACAAAACACUGGAGAACACCUUUCUUGAACUGAGGCAAUUCUCUGAACCAAGUGACUCGCCAAACCCAGAGGCUUCUAGUCAAGUGACUGAGAGAGAACAGAAGACAUUAGCCUCAAUACCGCUCCUGCCGUAUCUACAGUCCAACCUGACUGGAUUUAAGGAGCUGGAGAUUCUGAACUUCAAGAACGGCAGUGUGGUGGUAAACAGCAAGUUGAAAUUAGACAAACCGGUUCCAUACAAUGUCACGGAGACGGUGCAGUGUGUGCUCGAGGACUUCUGCAAUGCGGCGUCUAAGAGACUGGACUUGGAAAUCGACUCCCAAUCAGUGGAUGUGGAAGCAGCCGAUCACGCCGAUCCAUGUAAGUUCAUGGCGUGCAACGAGUUCUCCCGCUGUGUGGUGAACACGUUAACCUCAGAGCCCGAGUGUCUGUGCGACCCGGGCUACAGCACGGAGGACGGCGAUCCCUGCACCAGCAUCUGUGACCUACAGCCUGAGUACUGUCUGAACGGAGGACAGUGCGAAAUCAUCCCGGGACACGGAGCGGCCUGCAGAUGUCCUGUAGGUAAAUUCUGGCACUACCACGGAGAACGCUGCAACGAAUUGGUGUCUGUGCCAGUAGACCCUCUCCUUUUCGUAGCCUGCCUGGUGGGAAGCCUCUCUGUGGUUUGUGCUGUGAUAGGCAUCUUGAUUUUCAUUAACAAGAAAUGUAUACGGACCAGAAAGACCAUGAGUCUUGUGCGUUCGCAACCUGCAUUUCCAUUUGGUAAUACUAUGAGAGUAAAUCCAGUUUUUGAGAAUGACGAUGGGGUCUUAACACAUGUGUCAAGCAUGCUCUGUCCCAUGAGCUCUGACUCAACCUCCUCACAACACUCAGGCCAAGGCACAUUUCGAUCACUUGAAAGUUUACAGCUUAGUUUUGAGAUCCCCAGACAGCUCUACACCAGAAGAUCAGAAAAGUUAAUGUCAGAAAUGGUUGACUUCCAUCAGUGUAUACCACACAACGAGACGUGUCGGAGGUCCAGCAGGUCUUCUUGCUGUUUUUUGAGGAGUCCUGAUAGCGACAGCUUCGAAGUGACUGUUUUAUGAUUGUCCAGACAGUCUUUUUGUUUAAGCUAAGCGUGGCACCAAAGCUCUUUCAGUGCUAUUCAAGCAACUCAACUCCGCUGGUUUCUUGCAGACAUUUGGUGAGUCUGUAAAACGACCUCUAUACACAAGAAUCAGCAAAACUCUUGGACAACUGAAGGAAUACCUCCAGGAGCGAGGACCUGCGCUUUAGAUCCGUCCUGAACUUAUUUUUAUCUGUACCUGUGAAGAAAAUUGUAAAAAUGGUAACGUGUUGUAUGCUUUGAACCCUUCUCAAAGGCGCGUUUCCUCCCUCACAAUGAGGUAUUUAUUUACAAAAUCGAUACAUUGGGUUGUAUCUUAAAUAGAAAAUAGAUUCUAGUCAUCUCUUCUAGUCUAUCCUCAGUCUCCCAAAUGAAGAAAAUGAAUGUGAAGCGUUUCUGUAACUCCUCAUGGGAACAAAAAA